CUCUGGUGUGUCCCUGCCCACCAUGGCCAAGCCAACAAGCAAAGAUUCAGGCUUGAAGGAGAAGUUCAAGAUUCUGUUGGGACUGGGAACAUCAAGGCCAAAUCCCAGGUCUGCAGAGGGUAAACAGACGGAAUUCAUCAUCACGGCAGAAACCCUGAGAGAACUGAGUGUUGAAUGUGGCCUCAACAAUCGUAUCCGGGUGAUAGGGCAGAUUUGUGAAGUCGCAAAAACUAAGAAAUUUGAAGAGCAUGCAGUGGAAGCGCUCUGGAAGGCGGUCGCGGAUUUGCUGCAGCCAGAGCGGCCGCCAGAGGCCCGGCACGCGGUGCUGGCUCUGCUGAAGGCCAUCGUGCAGGGGCAGGGUGACCGCUUAGGGGUCCUUCGAGCCCUCUUUUUUAAGGUCAUCAAGGAUUACCCUUCCAACGAAGACCUCCACGAAAGGCUGGAAGUUUUCAAGGCCCUCACGGACAAUGGGAGACACAUCACCUACUUGGAGGAAGAACUGGCUGAGUUUGUUCUGCAGUGGAUGGAUGUCGGCCUGUCCUCAGAAUUCCUCCUGGUGCUGGUGAACUUGGUCAAAUUCAACAGCUGUUACCUUGAUGAACACAUCGCGUCGAUGGUUCACAUGGUCUGUCUGCUGUGCAUCCGGACUGUGUCCUCCAUGGACAUAGAGGUCUCGCUGCAGGUGCUGGAUGCCGUGGUCUGCUACAACUGCCUGCCAGCCGAGAGCCUCCCGCUGUUCAUCGUCACCCUCUGCCGCACCAUCAACGUCAAGGAGCUCUGUGAGCCUUGCUGGAAGCUGAUGCGUAACCUCCUGGGCACCCACCUUGGCCACAGCGCCAUCUACAACAUGUGUCGCGUCAUGGAGGACAGAGCCUACAUGGAAGACGCCCCGCUGCUGAGAGGAGCCGUGUUCUUCGUGGGCAUGGCUCUCUGGGGGGCCCACCGGCUGUACUCGCUCAAGAACUCUCCGACUUCUGUGCUGCCCUCGUUUUAUCAGGCCAUGACCUGCCCGAACGAGGUGGUGUCCUACGAGAUCGUCCUGUCCAUCACCAGGCUCAUCAAGAAGUACAGGAAGGAGCUCCAGGCCGUGACAUGGGACAUUCUGCUGAACAUCAUGGAACGGCUGCUUCAGCAGCUCCAGUGCCUGGACAGCCCAGAGCUCAGGACCAUCGUCCAUGACUUGCUGACCACGGUGGAGGAGCUGUGCGAUCAGAACGAGUUCCACGGCUCCCAGGAGAGAUACUUCGAGCUGGUAGAGAGAUGUGCGGACCAGAGGCCUGAGUCCUCUCUCUUAAACUUAAUAUCCUACAGAGCUCAGUCAAUUCACCCGGCAAAGGACGGCUGGAUUCAGAACCUGCAGCUGCUGAUGGAGAGAUUCUUCAGGAGCGAGUCCCGCGGCGCCGUGCGCAUCAAGGCGCUGGACGUGCUCUCCUUUGUGCUGCUCAUCAACAGGCAGUUCUACGAGGAGGAGCUGAUCAACUCAGUGGUCAUCUCACAGCUGUCCCACAUCCCUGAGGACAAAGACCACCAGGUCCGGAAGCUGGCCACCCAGCUGCUGGUGGACCUGGCGGAAGGCUGCCACACGCACCACUUCAACAGUCUGCUGGACAUCAUCGAGAGGGUCACGGCCCGCUCGCUCUCGCCACCGCCCGAGCUGGAGGAGAGGGAUGUGGCCGCGUACUCAGCGUCCUUGGAGGACGUGAAGACCGCCGUGCUGGGGCUCCUGGUCAUCCUUCAGACCAAGCUGUACACCCUGCCCGCCAGCCACGCCGUGCGUGUGUACAAGACGCUUGUCAGCCACGUCCAGCAGCACUACAAGCACAGUUACACGCUGCCCAUCGCCAGCAGCAUCCGGCUACAGGCCUUCGACUUCCUGAUGCUGCUGCGGGCUGACUCGCUGCACCGCCUCGGCCUGCCCAACAAGGAUGGGGUCGUGAGAUUCAGCCCCUACUGCCUCUGCGACUACAUGGAGCCUGAGAGAGGCUCUGAGAAGAAGGCCAGUGGCCCCCUGUCACCUCCCACUGGGCCGCCCGGCCCUGCGCCUGCCGGCCCCGCCGUGCGGCUGGGCUACCUGCCCUACUCCCUGCUCUUCUGCGUCCUGCUGCAGUGUUUGAAGCAGGAGACCGACUGGAAGGUGCUGAAGCUGGUCCUCAGCAAGCUGCCUGAGUCCCUGCGCUACAAGGUCCUCAUCUUCACCUCUCCCUGCAGUGUCGACCAGCUGUCUUCCGCCCUCUGCGCCAUGCUUUCAGGCCCAAAGACCCUUGAGAGGCUCCGAGGCACCCCGGAAGGGUUCUCUAGAACCGACCUGCAUUUGGCGGUGGUUCCGGUGCUGACAGCGUUAAUCUCUUACCAUAACUACCUGGACAAAAGCAAACAGCGCGAGAUGGUGUACUGCCUGGAGCAAGGCCUCAUCUUCCGCUGUGCCGGCCAGUGUGUGGUGGCCCUGUCCGUCUGCAGCGUGGAGAUGCCUGACAUCAUCAUAAAAGCGCUGCCUGUCCUGGUUGUGAAGCUCACACACAUCUCGGCCACGGCCAGCAUGGCUGUCCCGUUGCUGGAGUUCCUGUCCACUCUGGCCAGGCUGCCGCACCUGUACAGGAACUUCGCCGCGGAGCAGUACGCGAGCGUGUUUGCCAUCUCCCUGCCGUACACCAACCCCUCCAAGUUCAACCAGUACAUCGUGUGCCUGGCCCACCACGUCAUAGCCAUGUGGUUCAUCAGGUGCCGCCUGCCCUUCCGGAAAGACUUCGUCCCUUUCAUCACUAAGGGCCUGCGCUCCAACGUCCUCCUGUCUUUCGAUGACACCCCUGAGAAGGACAGCUUCAGAGCACGGAGCACCAGUCUCAACGAGAGGCCCAAAAGUUUGAGGAUAGCCAGACCCCCCAAACAAGGCUUGAAUAACUCUCCACCCGUGAAAGAGUCCAAGGAGAGCUGUGCAUCCGAGGCCUUCCGGUGCCGCAGCAUCAGUGUGUCUGACCAUGCGGUGCACAGCAGGAUACAGACGUCCCUCACUAGCGCCAGCCUGGGGUCCGCAGAUGAGAACUCCAUGGCCCAGGCUGAUGACAACCUGAAAAAUCUCCACCUGGAGCUCACAGAAACGUGCCUGGACAUGAUGGCCCGAUACGUGUUCUCCAACUUCACGGCGGUCCCCAAGAGGUCUCCUGUGGGGGAGUUCCUCCUGGCAGGCGGCAGGACCAAGACCUGGCUGGUUGGCAAUAAGCUUGUCACCGUGACAACAAGCGUGGGAACUGGGACCCGGUCGUUGCUCGGCCUGGACUCGGGGGAGCUGCAGGCUGGCCCAGAGUCAAGCUCCGACCCCAGCGUGCUCAUGACGCAGGCGAAAGAGGCGCCAGCCAAGCUGGAGUCCCAAGCCGGGCAGCAGGUGUCCCGUGGGGCCCGGGACCGGGUCCGCUCCAUGUCGGGGGGCCAUGGUCUUCGUGUUGGUGCUCUGGAUGUGCCGGCUGCCCACUUCCCGGGUGGCCCGGCUUCUCCAGGACCACAGACGGCAUCAGCCUCAAAGCCUGAGAAGGCCUCAGCGGGGGCCCAGAUUCCAACGCAGGAGAAGGCGACCCUGGCGGCCUGUGUGCCCCUGCUGACCCAGGGCUGGGCGGAGAUCUUGGUCCGGAGGCCCACAGGGAACACCAGCUGGCUGAUGAGCCUGGAGAACCCGCUCAGCCCCUUCUCCUCGGACAUCAACAACAUGCCCCUGCAGGAGCUGUCUAACGCCCUCAUGGCGGCCGAGCGCUUCAAGGAGCACCGGGACACGGCGCUGUAUAAGUCCCUGUCGGUGCCGGCAGCUGGCACGGCCAAGCCCCCUCUCCUCCCGCGCUCCAACACAGUGGCCUCUUUCUCCUCCCUGUACCAGUCCAGUUGCCAAGGAAAGCUGCACAGGAGCAUUUCCUGGGCAGACUCCGCCGUGGUCAUGGAGGAGGGAAGUCCCGGAGAGGCUCGCGUGCCAGUGGAGCCGCCCGAGCUGGAGGACCUGGAGGCAGCGCUGGGCCCAGACAGGCCCUGUGGGCGCGCCGGCGCUUACAGCAGGUCGUCCUCAACCUCCAGCCAGGAGGACAAGUCCUUCCACGCGGAGGAGCUGGCUGCCGGGGGCAUCCCCAUCGGGCGCGCUGUCUCCUCCGAGGGCGGCCGGCCCUCCGUGGACCUCUCCUUCCAGCCUUCGCAGCCCCUGAGCAAGUCCAGCUCCUCGCCCGAGCUGCAGACCCUGCAGGACAUCCUCGGGGACCCUGGGGACAAGGCUGACGUGGGCCGGCUGAGCCCUGAGGCCAAGGCCCGGUCACAGUCGGGGAUCCUGGAUGGGGAAGGUGCUGCCUGGGUGGCGCCGGGCGAAGAAAGUCGGUGCCUGGGCCCCGCACAGCCCGAGGGUCCCCUGCACUCCGGCGCCCCCCGCUCGCCCAGCGGCCUCCGUCCCCGGGGUUACACCAUCUCUGACUCGGCCCCGUCGCGCAGGGGCAGGACGGCGGAGAGGGAGGCCUUCAAGAGCAGAGCGGCGGCCCCCAACGCUGAGAAGGUGCCAGGCGUCAACCCCAGCUUCGUGUUCCUGCAGCUCUACCACUCCCCUUUCUUCGGUGACGAGUCCAACAAGCCCAUCCUGCUGCCCAACGAGUCCUUCGAGCGGUCGGUGCAGCUCCUCGACCAGAUCCCGUCCUACGACACACACAAGCUCGCCGUCCUGUACGUCGGGGAGGGCCAGAGCAACAGCGAGCUCGCCAUCCUGUCCAACGAGCACGGCUCCUACCGCUACACGGAGUUUCUGACGGGCCUGGGCAAGCUCAUCGAGCUCAAGGACUGCCAGCCGGACAAGGUGUACCUGGGCGGCCUGGACGUGUGCGGCGAGGACGGCCAGUUCACCUACUGCUGGCACGACGACAUCAUGCAGGCCGUGUUCCACAUCGCCACGCUGAUGCCCACCAAGGACGUGGACAAGCACCGCUGCGACAAGAAGCGCCACCUGGGCAACGACUUCGUGUCCAUCGUCUAUAACGAUUCCGGCGAGGACUUCAAGCUGGGCACCAUCAAGGGCCAGUUCAACUUUGUCCACGUGAUCAUCACCCCGCUGGACUACGCGUGCAACCUGGUGUCGCUGCAGUGCAGGAAAGACAUGGAGGGCCUUGUGGACACCAGCGUGGCCAAGAUCGUGUCGGACCGCAACCUGCCCUUCGUGGCCCGCCAGAUGGCCCUGCACGCAAACAUGGCCUCGCAGGUGCACCACAGCCGCUCCAACCCCACCGACAUCUACCCCUCCAAGUGGAUCGCCCGGCUGCGGCACAUCAAGCGGCUGCGCCAGCGGAUCCGCGAGGAGGCCCACUACGCAAACCCCAGCCUGCCCCUGACGCACCCGCCGGCCCACGCCAGAGCUCCGGCCCAGGCCCCGGUCGAGCCCACGCCCACCUACGAGACAGGCCAGCGCAAGCGCCUCAUCUCCUCCGUGGACGACUUCACAGAGUUCGUGUGAGGCUUCGCGCGGCUGUCGUCCAGGCCGUGGCCGGCCCCUGCCUGCCCCCCAAGUGGCCCAGGAGGAUGGCCCGUGUACGUGAAAUAAACCGC